UUGCAGAGUUGUGACAAGUGUGAGUGGACCAUGUCUCCAUGGUGUCCCCAUCUCCGUGGACUGGUUUGGGCUGCAUGUGCAGCUUGAGACCCCAGAGGAUAUGUGCUCCAAGUUGACAUGGUUUCUACCAAGGCUGAGGGUUUGGGGUGUUGGGUGGUUCCUGAGAGCAGUAUGGUUGAUCACUGAAAUAACAUGGCAGCCACGGUGCCGGUUGUUAAUGUGAUGGAGCAUGUAGAACCAGACUGAGGCACUCUGUUAGACCGUGCUAUGGCUGUUUUGCAGUGGUAACUCUUGUCACUAUUGGCCUGGUUCGAACUAAUGGGAAAUUAGAGCUUGUUUGAAGUGAUCUUUCCCCCAGAGUUUGGAUUUUGAAUGUGGAUGUGGUGUCUAGAAGUAAUGAAAUACAAAUCAGGUGCUGUUGUCUGAGUAUUUCUGACAUUCAGCUUGUAAAUGGAUCUGUGUUCACAAUAGUUUAAUCGCAAUGGCUUUUACUACUAGGAGUAAGACUGUUUUCUGGAUGGCAAGGAAGAAGCUGUGGUCUGAUUUGUCUUUACGAUGUGGUUUUUAAUCCUGAUUAUUGCUAUCUAAUAUGAUCAAUAUGUAUUGAUCAUGAUGUGAUGAUUGUGUGAAUUGCUGAUGUGUUUUAUGCGUAGCUUUUUAAGGCAGAGUUUUUAUAUGCCAAUAUCAGAUUUUGAGCUUGUUUGCUCAACCUUUCCUUACCACAGUACAGUCAGUAAUCAGGAAUGCUUUUGCAUCUGUUUCUUUUUCCUGCUCCCCUCUCUGUUCCCUGUCUCAGAAUGAAUGAAAUGAAUUUGAGUCCUGUAGGGAUGGACCAGCUGACCUCCUCCUCUGUGAGCAAUGCCCUGCCAGUCUCAGGAAGUCACUUGGGCUUGGCAGCAUCACCCACUCACAACGCCAUACCAGCACCAGGCUUGCCUGUUGCAAUUCCAAACCUGGGUCCCUCCUUGAGUUCCUUGCCCUCUGCUCUGUCUCUGAUGCUCCCAAUGGGUCUUGGGGAUCGAGGAGUGAUGUGUGGUAUACCAGAGAGAAACUACACCCUACCUCCACCACCAUACCCUCACCUGGAGAGCAGCUAUUUCAGACACAUUCUACCUGGUAUUUUAUCUUACUUGGCUGACAGACCACCACCUCAGUACAUCCAUCCCAACACUAUAAAUGUUGACAGCAAUCCAGCAUUGUCAGUCUCCAACAAUCCCUCAGCCCUGGAUCCCUACCAGCCCAGUGGGACCGUGGGGCUGGAACCGGGGAUUGUCUCCAUGGACUCCCGUACAGUGAACACACAUGGUCCUCAAAAUCUGCAUCCUAGUGACAGCCACGAGGUAGCACUGGAUACUACAAUCACCAUGGAGAGCGUUUCGAGGGUAACCAGCCCCAUCUCUACAGAUGGGAUGGCAGAGGAGCUUACAAUGGAUGAUGUAGCCGGGGAUCACACGCAGAUCCCGAAUGGCUCCCGGAGCCAUGAACCUUUAGCCGUAGACACAGUGGGGAGUAACUUGACAUCGGACGCUGUGGGACACGGCGGUGUCAUUCCCAUUCACGGUAGCACUUUGGAACUCCCUGUUGUCAUGGAGCCCGACCACAUUGCCGGGCGGGUGACAGGGAUAUCGGACAGCACACUAAAUGACCCCAUUCAUACUGUGGCCAUGAGCACCAACUCCGUGAGUGUGGCGCUCCCUACCUCACACAACCUCGCUUCCCUGGACUCAGUAGCCUUGCAUGAAGUGGGCCUCAGCCUGGAGCCCGUGGCAGUGUCUUCCAUAAGCCAGGAAGUAGCCAUGGGGCCAAGCCACGUCGAUGUGUCUGCAGACAAUCUUGCCUUUGUACCGUCAUCUCUGCAAAUGGAAGACUCCAAUUCCAACAAGGAGAACAUGGCAACCUUGUUUACCAUAUGGUGCACGCUGUGUGACAAGGCGUAUCCGUCAGACUGCCCGGACCACGGGCCCGUCACCUUUGUCCCCGAUAGCCCAAUCGAGAGCCGAGCCAGGCUGUCCCUCCCGAAGCAGCUGCUCCUCCGGCAGUCCAUCAUGGGAGCUGAAGCAGGUGUGUGGACACGAGAAACCAUUCCUGUGAGGACUUGUUUUGGACCUUUGAUCGGGCAGCAGAGCCAUUCUCUGGAGGUGGCCGACUGGACAGACAAAGCAGCCAGUCACAUCUGGAAGAUCUAUCACAAUGGCGUCCUGGAGUUCUGCAUCAUCACAACUGAUGAAAAUGAAUGUAACUGGAUGAUGUUCGUACGCAAAGCCAGGAACCGGGAAGAGCAGAACCUGGUUGCUUAUCCUCAUGAUGGAAAAAUUUACUUCUGCACAUCCCGGGACAUCCCUCCUGAGCACGAGCUUCUCUUCUAUUACAGUCGGGACUAUGCACGACAGCUUGGUGUCCCUGAGCAUCCAGAUGUGCACAUCUGCCACUGCGGGAAGGAAUGCGCUUCCUAUGCGGACUUCAAGGCCCAUUUGAGCAGCCAUAUUCACAACCACCUCCCCAGUCAGGGCCACAGCAGCAACCACGGGCCAGGCCACGGCAAGGAAAGGAAGUGGAAGUGCUCCAUGUGUCCCCAGGCUUUCAUCUCCCCUUCCAAGCUGCACGUGCACUUCAUGGGGCACAUGGGCAUGAAGCCGCACAAGUGCGAUUUCUGUAGCAAAGCUUUCAGCGAUCCGAGCAACUUACGGACACACCUCAAGAUCCACACAGGUCAGAAGAAUUACCGCUGCACCCUCUGUGACAAAUCAUUCACGCAGAAGGCUCACCUGGAGUCGCACAUGGUCAUCCACACGGGGGAGAAGAACCUCAAGUGCGAUUACUGUGAGAAGCUCUUCAUGCGGAGGCAGGACCUCAAGCAGCACGUCCUCACUCACACACAAGAACGGCAGAUCAAGUGCCCCAAGUGUGACAAGCUGUUUCUGAGGACAAAUCACCUGAAGAAGCAUCUCAAUUCACAUGAAGGAAAGAGGGACUAUGUCUGUGAAAAAUGCUCCAAGGCUUAUCUAACCAAAUAUCACCUCACUCGACAUUUAAAAAUAUGUAAAGGCCCCACAUCCAGUCUAUCAGCCCCAGAGGAGGAAGAAGAGGAGGAUUCAGAGGAGGAAUUAAUAGACUCUAUGAGGACUGAAGACUGUAGGAUUAACAAUGGAGUCUAUUCAACAAGUGAUGUUCUCUCUGGACACAAAUGAAGAAGAGAGGAAAACUUUCUUGGAUAUUAUAAUUAGGGAAGGAAAAACCCUCUUCCUUGUUUCCCCAGUCACCAGUGUAUGUCAGGUGAGGAGUUUUCCUUCUGUUUUAGUCUCCACACUACCACCACUUACUAUAAGCUGUAGCCAGAACACUGAACAAGACUGGAUCAUGCACGUACAAGUGAAGAGUUGCUAAGAAGGAAAUGUGAGGCAAGAUUUCUUUCCCACACGCUGUGCAUACUUCUCCAAAUCACUCAGAUUAAUCCAUCCAGUGCCAGGACACGUGACACACCUCACACAGCCCUUCGAGCAAAGAGCCACAAACCAGAAAUGUAGCUGAGGGAUUGCAGUGACCUGUAAGCUAACUGUCCUUAACUGCCCAAGCUGUGACAUGAAGAGAAACAAGGAAAAAAUGGUGGUGGCCGUUGAUGUAUUUUAAAACUUUAACUGAAGGAUGUGGUUUGGCACAAAGCAAAGACUUCUCAAUGCUCAGGUUUCCUUCUUAAAACAAAACCUUUUGUUUAAAAAAACAACAAAGGCCAGUGAAAUCAGUACUUGCAUACAAAAUAAUUACCCCACUACAGAAAAUCAAGCAUUGAUUUUUGGAGAACAGUUAUCCCCUUUUCUCCCUCAAGUUCACAGCCCAUGGAAGCAGGUGAAGAGAUAAAGACUGUAUGGACUCAGUAAGGAAGGGGGUUACAGAUGAUCAGGCAGUGUUUACAGUAUAUGUUACUCUUUGUGCUGUAAACCUUUUACCACCUAGAAUGAUGGGAGGGUUUGCUGCUAUUACUAUUUAUGGAAUGAAAAUUAUUACAUUUGGUUGUUUUCUUUUGAAAUAAUUAAAAAUGU